GGGGAGCGCGAGCCCAGCAGCCGGCGAGAGAGGGAGCGAGCGGCGCGGCGCGGCGCGGCGCGCGCGGCCCAUGAGGCGGUGAGAGGCCUGGGGCCUGUCUCGGAGCAGCGCGCGCGGCUCCGGCCAGCGGCGGGCCGCCCUUCGUGGGACCGGGCCCGGGCGCGGCGGCCGCCCGUGGAGAAGCAGAUCGGGGCGGUGGAAGCUGUGCGUCCGGGCCCCCCGCCAUGGAGGGCAUGGACGUGGACCUGGAUCCCGAGCUCAUGCAGAAGUUCAGCUGCCUGGGCACCACGGACAAGGACGUGCUCAUCUCCGAGUUCCAGCGGCUACUCGGCUUCCAGCUCAACCCGGCCGGCUGCGCCUUCUUCCUGGACAUGACCAACUGGAAUUUACAAGCAGCAAUUGGCGCCUAUUAUGACUUUGAGAGCCCAAAUAUCAGUGUGCCCUCCAUGUCCUUUGUUGAAGAUGUCACCAUAGGAGAAGGGGAGUCAAUACCCCCUGAUACCCAGUUCAUAAAAACAUGGCGGAUCCAGAAUUCUGGAGCAGAGGCAUGGCCUCCAGGGGUUUGUCUUAAAUAUGUCGGGGGAGACCAGUUUGGACAUGUGAACAUGGUGAUGGUGAGAUCACUAGAGCCCCAAGAGAUCGCAGACGUCAGUGUCCAGAUGUGCAGCCCCAGCAGAGCAGGCAUGUACCAGGGCCAGUGGCGGAUGUGCACUGCUACUGGGCUCUACUAUGGAGAUGUCAUCUGGGUGAUUCUCAGUGUGGAGGUGGGUGGACUUUUAGGAGUAACGCAGCAGCUGUCAUCUUUUGAAACGGAAUUCAACACACAGCCACAUCGCAAGGUAGAAGGAGACUUCAACCCGUUUGCCUCUCCCCAAAAGAACCGACAAUCAGAUGAAAACAGCCUAACAGACCCUGGGGGUUCCGAGUUCGACUCGAUCAGCAAAAAUACAUGGGCUCCUGUUCCUGACCAAACCGAGCAAGAUCAGGAUAGACUGUCACAGAACUCUGUAAAUCUGUCCCCCAGCAGUCACGCAAACAACUUAUCAGUAGUGACUUACAGUAAGGGGCUCCACGGGCCUUACCCCUUCGGCCAGUCUUAAACGGGUAUCAGCAAGAAGAAAAACUAACAAAAGACAGAAGGCCUGACUUUGGGGGGAGAGGGCAAGGGGUUCCUCUGGAUUGCAGACCACAUCGCACGGACCCCUGGCUCAGACCCCCACCCCCCCAAUCACGGAAGAAGAGGAAGAAAGAGACUAGCUUUGAGUGAACUCAGUAUGCAUGUGUGAAUGCUGGACUGCAGGAGUGGUGUGAGGCGACCGAGAAGAGAUCCACGCAGCCACCUUGGGUUUUGGUGAUGACGUCAGUCUAAUGAGUUGUUAGGUCACUUGGGAAGGGGAAGAAAUUUAAAUGGGGGAAAAUAAGCCAUCUUUUUAAAACAAAAAUUAUUUUACCUACAGAGAGGUUGUAGUUUUGAGCACAUGUUAGUUCCUCCCUCUUCCGGAUGUUUAUCUUCUAAGUAAGAGACAGCAUGCCACAGGACAGUGCCUGCUCAGGAAGCCUGUCACACCAAGGCUGGCAUGGCAUGUUUGGGGACUCUGCCAGGCGGGGUUGCUGUGUUCCACGGCUGCAGAGUCUGGCCCUGUUUCUUCUUAAUGGCAUCUGCAGUGAGAUAUCCCCUCCUCCUCUCUUUUCUUUAAUCUCUUGUUCAUUUACCCCUUUGAUGUUGGUGUCUGUCAGUCUUGGGGCUUCUUAGCAUCAGACUCUCUGAGGUGAGGACCUUCCUGUGUGGCCACAGAAGCCCGGGGCAUUCCAUUCUAGAGGUGUGAACACUUGUACCAGCUGGAGCGCCGCGGCCUGUCUUCCCUGGCUCUCGCUCUGUGCUGCUUGCACACCGGGUUGUAGGGCGUCAGCAAGAGUGAACUGUCUCCUGCUUCUCUUGUCACACAGCUCCCCUCCCUGGGUCUCCCCCACAUGUCCUGUGGCUCCAGCCAUUACAGAAUGAAGGUACAGCCCCAGGUGGGAGCCCCACUACUGACCACUACCUGAGAGGCCGCAGUCAGGUGGAAAUGAAAAGACCUCCUCCAGCGGGGUGGGCUGCUUAGUGUGGGUGGGUAGUUGUAGCCCAGCUGGAGUACAGGCUUCUGCCCCCUGGGCAGGUGCCCACGGUGUCCCAUGGACUCCACUCGGGUUGAAAUGUGGACCUCUCCAUGGGACUCUUAAACCAGGCUAGAACAGCUGUCUGCCAAAGAUACAAGAAUAUGCAAAGUCCCUCCUCUUAACCCCUCCUUCCCUAAGUUGGUGGCUUGAGAGCCGGGGAUGUGGAUUUGGUAUGGUUGUAGGGCCCCCUGCCUUCCUCCAGCCCCCAUGUGCUCCAGGGUUGUGAGCAGAGCAGGGAGGUCAAGCGUGAGUGGCUGUAGAAGGUCCUCUAGCGUGGGUGCGUGGGUGUGUGGUGUGUGGUGCGGGUCUGCUCUGCCUGCCUGUCUGUCUCUGUCUGUGUGUGGUGUUUGUUCCUCCUCAUCUUCUUCUGAGACUGUUGAUUUUAAACACUUGAUUUUGAAAGAAGAGCUUCUAUGAAAACCCCCACCUUUCCAUGUCCCCAAAACAAACCGACAAGGGUCCCUGGGGCAGGUGGAGGAGGCCGUGGGGAAGAUGGCGUAGCUGGGUCUCCAGGGAGGGGGGCUUCUAUGUGACCCUUACUUCUGCACCCUUGGACCCUUGAGCCAAGGGCAAUCCCUACCAGGUACCCAAGCCACAAGUCUCAGGGGGCUUUUGUCUGAGGACCUUCUUGGGGUCAGACAACUAAUGCCAGUCCCUGAGGACACUGCCACCCUAGAGCACAUGCAUGCCCAGCCAUUCUUCCUGCUUCUGGCCUUGGAGCAGUAUGUCUCCAGAUGCCCUCCUGGAACCAUGAGAGACUUCAGCCCUGCCUCAGUGGCUUUCCCAUCUGACCCCACUAGGCGCCACACUUGCUCAGUUCCUACUCUCACUGAGUGUCUUUGCUCUCCUCCUGUGCCCCUUCCUGCUUGUAGCAGCCUCACUUGGCAAAUGUAAUGGCUCAGGUACCCUGGCUUCCUCCCCAGAAACAAGCCUUGUCUGUGCACCCUGGAGAGCUGGGUCCUUCAGAAGGCCAGAGCUGGUGUAAGCCUUGACCCACUCUGCAGCCCUUAGAGCCUUCACAUGUGAGCACUAGGCCAUCUUUUGGCAGAACUCCCAUCUGGCAGCACAUGCCAAGUUUCAGGAAGAUUGGGGUGGGUGGGGUAGGUGGGUGCAGGCUUGGGAAGAAUCUGUGUGUGUGUAGGUGUGUGUGCACGUGUGCAUGCCUGUUUCUCUUUGCCAUGGAGACAACUGAAUUUGGGGCAUUUUUCUAUAAAAGCAGCCUCCUCUCCCCCCUGUAUGGACUGGCUAUAACCGUAAGCCAGGCGCUUUCACCAAGAUAGCUGGUGGCCAAGGUGGGCAGUGUGGACAUGAGCGUAAAGACCCCCAAAUUUAGCCUGAGCUCCCAGCAGGAAAAGACGAAAGAAUGGGCAGGCUCACAGGUGCAGACUGAAUGUUCUCUCCGCCUGCCCUCUUACCCCUUGUUUCCCUGGGUGAAUGUGGGGCAGCCUGCUGUCCCUCCCACCUGCGCAGUCAUGGCUGUCUGGUGGGGCCUCGUGGUGCCUAGGAAAUGAAGAUGAGGUUUUCCUUACCAUGUAAAUGAAUAUUUGUAUGAUUAAAUUAACA